CUGUACAGUGCACUAUUGUAUAAGAGCUAUACUACAAUUACUAUACCACAGUACCAUAGUGUUGGAGAGAUGAGGUUAAAACUUCCCAAUCCAGGCCUGGAGGACAGGAUACUAUCCCACCAGGAGUUGGACAAGCUGGAGGAGGAAGAGGCUGGAGACAGACCAAAAUGGGACAACAAGGCCCAGUACAUGCUGACCUGUGUGGGGUUUUGUGUGGGACUUGGAAAUGUCUGGCGGUUCCCCUAUCUGUGUCAGAGUCAUGGAGGAGGUGCAUUUAUGAUACCAUUUCUGAUCCUGCUGGUUCUUGAAGGAAUACCACUUCUGCAUCUUGAGUUUGCCAUUGGUCAGCGUUUAAGAAGAGGCAGUUUGGGAGUGUGGUCUACAAUUCAUCCUUACUUGACAGGCGUCGGUAUUGCAUCCAUGUGUGUAUCUCUGACGAUCAGUCUCUACUACAACACCAUCAUCGCCUGGAUUAUGUGGUACUUCUUCAACUCAUUUCAAGACCCUCUGCCCUGGAGUCAAUGUCCUACGAAUGCCAACUUAACAGGCUUUGUCUCAGAGUGUGAGAGGAGCUCCCCUGUGGAUUAUUUCUGGUACAGGGAGACCCUGAACGUAACUCCAAGGAUUGAAGAUGAUGGCGGUCUGCAGUGGUGGAUAGUGUUAUGUCACAUUUGUGCAUGGUCUGUGCUAUACAUCUGCAUCAUUCGUGGUAUUGAGACCACUGGGAAGGCUGUGUAUGUGACUUCAACCCUUCCCUAUGUGGUGCUGACAAUAUUUCUGAUCAGAGGACUGACCUUGAAGGGGUCUUUGGAUGGAGUAAAGUUUCUCUUCACACCCGAUUUAGCAGAGCUGGCAAAGCCAUCUACAUGGCUCGAUGCAGGUGCUCAAGUUUUCUAUUCCUUCUCUCUGGCUUUUGGUGGUCUUAUUUCUUUCUCCAGCUACAACUCAGUGCAUAACAACUGUGAACAGGAUGCAGUGAUCAUCUCUUGCAUUAAUGGUUUCACCUCCGUCUAUGCCGCAACUGUCAUUUACACCAUUAUUGGCUUCAGAGCAACAGAGAGAUUUGACAGCUGUCUUUCUGGAAACAUCAUAACAUUACUAAAUGCAUUUGAUCUUCCUGAGGGCAACGUCACUGACAGCAACUACAAUCAGGUUGUUCAGCAUCUUAAUCAAACAUACCCUGACGUUAUUCAAGGGCUGGAUCUAAAGACCUGCAACUUAAAUACUUUUCUCAGUGAGGGAGUUGAAGGAACUGGUUUAGCCUUCAUUGUGUUCACUGAGGCUAUCACAAAGAUGCCUGUCUCACCGGUGUGGUCGGUCCUUUUCUUCAUAAUGCUCUUCUGUCUCGGCCUGUCUUCCAUGUUUGGUAACAUUGAGGGAGUUGUAGUACCACUGCAAGACCUCAAAGUUUUUCCCAAGACAUGGCCAAAAGAAACUAUCACUGGUCUAACAUGCAUAGUCUGCUGUCUGGUGGGACUGAUAUUUCUCCAAGGCUCUGGGAACUAUUGGCUGUCACUCUUUGACACUUAUGGAGGAUCCAUCCCUCUACUAGUUGUUGCAUUCUGCGAGAUGGUCUCAGUGGUGUACAUAUAUGGGAUAGACAGGUUCAAUGAUGAUAUUGAAUUCAUGAUUGGACACAAACCCAACUUCUUCUGGCAGGCAUCAUGGAGAGUAAUCAGCCCACUUAUUAUGCUUUUUAUCUUGAUCUUUUACGUCGUCACCAAAGUUUCUGAAAAGCUCCUUUACAAAGCCUGGGAUCCUGAAUCGGAAAAUUUCCCAACAUUGGAUGAAAAGUCAUAUCCAGCCUGGAUCUAUGUGAUCAUCUUUAUAUUGGCAGGGAUACCCUGUAUUGCUAUACCUGUUGCUGCCAUCUGGAAAUGUUUUAAGACAAAGAGAGAUAAGUCACAUCUCCAACAAUUGGAUGAAGGAACCAGAAAGGCUUCAGCCUAAUAUUUUGGGAAAAUUAAAUUUUUUCUGUUUCCAUAACAUUUAAAUGAUUGCUAUCAUGGUUUAAUCAAUGCAAUUUUAAAAUAGGAGCCAUUACUUUCUCUUUCUGCAUCCAUCUGCGACAGCAUGUAAAGCUCUCACUGCUUAGAUAGAUAGAUA